CAUCCUCCAUCACCCCCUUUUCUCAAUCAUCACUCACCUUCUCUUUGAUCUCUGAGGUGGGUUUUCUCAAAUUUAGGGUUCUUGGAAAGUUUGUGGAUUUGGGUUUGUUUUCAAGAAUGCAAAGGGUUCGAAUGUCGUCGUCCCAUUUCCAUUUGAAAUCAACUCCUCAAUUCAAGUUGGAUGCUGUUCCUGAUGAUGAUUUCGUGGAAUCAGAAUCUUGUUUUGAUCCUCUGAUUCCUGGUCUUCCUGAUGAUAUUGCUCUUAGUUGUCUUCUGCGGCUGCCCGUCGGCUUUCAUUCAGCUGGCCGGAAUGUUUGCCGCCGGUGGUAUCAUCUGUUCGGAGAUAAAGCUCGAUUCUUUACUCAAAGGAAGGUAAUGGGGUUUCAAGAUCCAUGGUUGUUUGUGCUUUCUUUCCAUAAAUGUACUGGAAAGAUUCAAUGGCAAGUUCUUGACCUUAUUCACCUCUCAUGGCAUACAAUUCCGGCGCCGCCGUGCAUGGAGGAGGUCUGUCCACAAGGGUUCCGAUGUGUUUCCGGUGACGGAAUGUUGUUCGUCUGUGGUGGCUCGGCGGCGGACGUCGAUUGCCCACUCGAUUUGGUGUUGAAGUUUGAUGUACGAUUGAAUCGUUGGACUUCGAUGAAGAAGAUGAAUACUCCGAGGUCGUUUUUCGCUAGCGGUGUGAUUGACGGGAAGGUUUAUGUUGCCGGUGGAAACAAAAGUGAUCGGUUCGAGCUUAAUUCGGCGGAGGUUAUGGAUCCGAACGACGGUAUAUGGCGCCCCGUUGCGAAUAUGGGUGCACCCAUGGCCGCUUACGAUGCAGCCGUGCUCGACCGGAAGCUUUUUGUGACCGCAGGCUGGUUUUGGCCGUUCUACGUCGUUCCACGGGGUCAGGUUUACGAUCCGAGAACCGAUAAAUGGGAGUGUAUGGCGACGGGCCUUCGCGAAGGAUGGACCGGGUCAAGCGUCGUGAUGUUCGGGCGUUUGUUCGUGGUGUCGGAACACGAGAGGACGAAACUUAAGGUUUACGACUCGAGUAAUGAUGCAUGGGAAACCGUCGAAGGGCCUCCGUUGCCGGAGCAGAUAUGCAAGCCGUUCGCAGUGAACGGAUGCAACGGCAAGAUUUACGUCACCGGAAGAAACCUGCAUGUUGCAGUUGGUUUUAUUCAUAUUUAUCGGUUGUGCAAAACAACCGAUGAAAGCAUGAAUUUUUCAGUCAAGUGGCAGGUCGUAGAAGCUCCACGGAGUUUCUACGACCUAACACCUUCAAGUGCGCAAAUUUUGUUCGCAUGACAAACGACAAGAAAUUCGAGUUUGGACACAUGAUACCGCUCCUUAUGUAAUUAUGGUUUGAUAUGUAGCCGUGUGAAAGAAACAUGUAUUAUAUUCCAGUG